AUGCAUAGAACAUACUCAUUAAGAUCUGCUAAGGCACCUACUGCUGCUCAAUUGCAAUCCCCUCCACCUCCACCUUCAACCACCAAGAACAAGUUCUUUGGUAGUGGUGGUCUUUCCUCUUCUAUCAGAAAGGCUACUGCUGGUGCCACUGGUCCAGAGUUGUCCAGAAAGUUGGCUCAAUUGAUCAAGAUGGAAAAGAACUUUAUGAGAGCAAUUGAAGUCACUUCUCGUGAACGUAAAGAUGUUGCCAAGCAAUUGAGUGCCUGGGGUGAAGGUAAUGACGAUGAUGUCUCUGAUGUCACUGACAAGUUGGGUGUUUUAAUUUACGAAAUUGGGGAAUUGGAAGACCAAUACAUCGACAAGUAUGACCAAUAUAGAAUUACUCUUAAGUCAAUCAGAGACAUUGAAGGAAGUGUUCAACCUUCUAGAGAAAGAAAACAAAAAAUUACUGAUGAUAUUGCUCAUUUGAAGUACAAGGACCCUCAAUCUCCAAAGAUUGCUGUUUUAGAACAAGAAUUAGUUAGAGCUGAAGCUGAAUCCUUAGUUGCUGAAGCUCAAUUGUCCAACAUCACCAGAGAACAAUUGAAGGCUGCAUUCAACUACCAAUUCGAUGCUACUAGAGAAUUGGCUGAAAAGUAUGCUUUAAUUGCCGGUUACGGUAAGGCUCUUUUGGAAUUAUUGGAUGAUUCCUCAGUUACUCCAGGUGAAACCAGACCUGCUUACGAUGGAUACGAAGCCUCUAAGCAAAUCAUUAUUGAUGCUGAAAACGCUUUAGCUUCUUGGACUUUGGACUCUGCUGCUGUUAAGCCAACUUUAUCCUUCCACCAAGUUGAAGGUGAAGAAGAUGAAGAAGAAAUUGACGAAAUCGAUGAAGCUGUCGAAGAAGAAUUUGCUAAACAUGACGAAGAAGUUCCUGCCAAUGGUAUUUAA